GUUUGUUGGGGUUCGAUGCUUUUCAAGGCUUAUCAAAGCCCUGAACCAAAUUGUACUUCUUUACUUUUCUAUCAUCCGAGAAACAGCUCGUGAACUAUGACAACACCCUUUUAUCUCGGAAUUGUGGGUGUUGGCGGCGUUGGUAAGGCAUUCCUAGAGCAGCUCGGACGACUACCAAAUCCUCCGAAGCUCGUUUUACUCGCCCGCUCCUCGCAAACGCUCUCCUCCCCUGUGCCUUUGUUUUCGCCAAGUAUCCCGUUCACUACCUGGGAAGAUGCCGCGAAAUCACCAUCUUUAGUCAAAUCGGGUGCUUUACCACCAACUGAGAUUGCCGCCUUCCUAGCAUCUACUCCAGGGAGAGCUAUUCUAGUGGAUAACACAUCCGAUCUUGCUCUAGCGGAAACGUACCCUAUUUUUCUAGAACAAGGUGUAUCGGUGGUGACACCAAACAAGAAAGGCUUCUCGGAAGAUAUCACUUUGUUCAAUAAUAUUUUCGCCUCCGCUAUACGGGGCAAUGCUCUUGUUCAGCACCAGUGUACGGUAGGUGGUACACUACCUGUCCUAUCGACGCUCAGGGAUCUAGUGGCAACGGGUGAUGAGAUUAUUCGGAUCGAAGGGGUUCUCUCGGGGACCCUUUCGCUUCUGUUAGGCGAAUUCAUGCCUGGAAAUGGCAUAUCAAACGCACGUUGGAGUUCCCUUGUUUCUCACGCCAAGGAAAUAGGGCACACGGAACCAGAUCCUCGCGAUGAUCUCAACGGCCUUGACUUCGCACGGAAGCUCACGAUUAUAGCCCGGGUGAUUGGUAUCGAGGUCACCCGUCCCGAUUCCUUCCCAGUGGAAUCACUUAUUCCUGUGGAGCUAUCAUCGCUACCGCCAUCAUCAGAGGGCGUUACUGAGUUCAUGCGCGAGUUGCCAAAAUACGAUGUCAAGAUGGAUGCAGCAAGGAAGGCAGCACAAGAGCAGGGCAAGAUUCUGCGCUAUGUUGGGAGUAUUGAUGUGUCUACCCGAGCCAUCGAGGUUGGUCUUCGGCAUGUUGAAAAGGGUAGUCCAAUUGCCAAUCUUCAAGGCAGUCAGAUUGUCAGCAUUUAUACCAAGCGAUACGAUACCAAUCCACUGAUACUUCAAGGUGGUGGGGGAGGUGAGGUAACGGCGAUGGGCCUGAUGGCCGAUUUGUUGAAAGUUAUGGAGCAGUUGAAGUAAGAGGUCUCUGCUUUGGGACACUACCCUCAAUCGAUGUGAUCAUGAUAUCAGAUCGUUUUCUAUGUCUGGGUAUCUGUGAUUUACAUGUCUUUCCGGUGCGAAUAUUCACUCAAUCCAAUCUCAUUUGCCACUCUCUUUCCCAAGCAAUAGCCUUAAUACCAUAACUUCCCCUUCCCAUUUGGCAGCCUUCAAACGCAACUCAUCUCUUUCCUUUGUCAUAUUUUCCAGGCUUGACUCCAAAUGAGACAUUUGAUCCAUUUUCUUCUGGCGUAAUCUCCGAGCAGCCAACUUGUUUCGACGCCGCUUUUCCUGAAGCCGGUCCCCGUCCGAGUCUUGAGACGAAGGCGAAACACUCCUAGCC